AUGGCCGACGAUGGCAUGCUCCUCAACUUCUCCAUACCCGAGAGCGGUAUCAUUGCGAAGCCGAGCAUAAAAGGCGGCUCAUGGAGAAGUCGCCUGACGGCAAAGAAAGCGGCGCAGAACUGGCACACCAAGGCCACUGCACGGCUGAAUGGAGAGGUGGUACCCAAGAAAGCGCAGGAGGGGAAGGGUACAGAUGUGAAUCGCACAGAGUUGGGUCCCCGAACAAGACGAGUGUCCAAGAGCCCUGAACCUGCAGGCAACGGCGAACGGCCGGUGAAGAGAGCGCGUGUGAGCGGAGACUUCAAACCAAGAACCACAGAGAGGACAGCGCCAAGCGAUUUCAGACCACAGUCGACAACGGGCGCACCGAAACAGCUUCAAGAGAGGCAAGAGGCCCCAAAGAAGGGCAACAAGCAGAUCAUCUCGUCCCUGUUCACAUACAACCCCGCCUCGACAACGAAGACGCAGCCCGCCGAACGAAGCACUGUAGACGAUGCGCCCAUCGAGCCGUCGAACGCGCCGCUCAGCAGCGAGCUAGAGACGUUCACGUCACUCGGUAUAUCACCGACACUCGCAACACACAUGCUCAACAAGAUGGGCAUGAAGGCACCGACAGCUAUCCAGAAGGCCGCAAUUGCACAGCUGGUCAAAGACGACUCAGACGCAUUCAUACAGGCCGAGACCGGUUCCGGAAAGACAUUAGCCUACCUGCUACCGAUUGUGCAGAGACUGAUGGAGUUGUCAGCGAACAUGAAGAAGCGGAAGGACGCGGGCGAUGAGGCUGUGCAGCGGAGUUCGGGCCUGUUUGCUGUCAUCCUGGCACCGACUCGAGAACUGAGCAAGCAGAUUGCGCUCGUGCUCGAGAAGCUGCUAGGUUGUGCGCACUGGCUCGUCGCUACCACAGUCAUUGGUGGUGAGAAGAAGAAGUCAGAGAAGGCGCGGUUACGGAAGGGUAUCAACAUACUUGUUGCCACACCGGGACGACUGGUUGACCAUCUGGAGCAUACAGAAGCCCUGGAUGUAAGCAACGUCAGAUGGCUGGUUCUCGAUGAAGGCGAUCGCAUGAUGGAACUUGGUUUCGAGCAGGACAUGCAGAAGAUUAUCGGACAGCUCAAUUUGCGGAUGCGCGCACACAAAGAGGGCAGGUCAGCGAUACCAGGGCUCCCAGAGAAACGUACGACCGUCCUCUGUUCCGCGACAAUGAAGAUGGACGUAGAGCGGUUAGGCCAGAUCAGUUUAAAGGACGCGGUGCACAUCAAAGCAGAUCCUGCCGACAAAGACAAGAACGCAGUCGAGGAACGAGACGAUCAGGGUUUCUAUGCGCCAGCACAACUGAAGCAGUCGUACGCUGUGGUGGCCCCCAAGCUGCGGUUGGUGUCCUUAUUGGCUUAUCUGAAGCGCACGUUCGCACGGAAAGGUUCAGUCAUGAAAGCCAUCGUCUUCAUAUCCUGCGCAGACUCAGUCGACUUCCACUUCGACUUGCUGACGAGCAAUCUCGACGGUGACAAGCCAGACGCCAUCAAGGAAGACGCAGCAGAAAAGGAGGCCGAUGGAUCAGACAAGAAGGAGAAGAAAAAAGCCGUCGCCCAAUCCGACCCUACAAAGCUCGUUGUCACACACGCUGAAUCGCCCAUCCUCUCCCCCAAGACCCACACCGUAACAGCGUACCGUCUUCACGGUUCUCUCCAGCAAUCCCUCCGAACAUCCACCCUCGCACACUUCACCAAGAACAACGAAGCGUCCGUCCUCAUCGCCACAGAUGUAGCAUCCCGUGGUCUUGAUCUGCCCAACGUCGACCUCGUCAUCGAGUUCGACCCUGCGUUUGCGCGCUCCGACCAUCUUCACCGCAUCGGUCGCACGGCGCGUGCCGGUCGCGACGGACGCGCCUGCAUCUUCCUCCAGCCCGGCUGUGAAGAAGGCUACGUGGAUAUACUCAAGUCCGACCGCAAAGACAGCGAAGUGGGCGUGCAUCUACUCCGUCAAGAUGCUGACGACAUCUUGAACAAGGGUCUGAUCACAACUGGCAUCGUGGAGAAGGGCGCAUACAUGGAGAAAGCCACCGACCUCCAACUCGCUGUCGAGCGCUGGGCCCUCGCAGACCCGAAGCGCUUGGAAGCCGCGCGAAGAGCUUAUCAAUCCCACAUCCGCGCCUACGCCACCCACAUCGCCGACGAGCGCGUCUACUUCGACAUCAAAUCACUGCACUUGGGCCACCUCGCCAAAGCCUUUGCGCUCCGCGAACGCCCCAGCGGCAUGAAAGUCCCCGGUCUGCGCACUGGCGCUGGCCGCGAAGACAAGCGCCCGGCCAAGGUCCGCGGUGCGCCAAAGGUCGAUGGCGCGAGUCGCAAGGCGGACAAAGUGCCUCCGAAGAAGGGGAUUCAGGAUCUGGAUUUGCCGCUGGGCGCGGAUGAGGAGGAGAGCGCGAAGAUGAGGAAGGCGGUUAGGGCGAGGGAGAAGUUUAUGAGGCAUGCGGGUAUGGCGUCGGAGUUCAAUUUGGGAUAA